AAACAGAGGAAUGAGGUCUUAAUUUCUAGGGUUUGAAGCUGUUUGGAAAACAAGAGAAGAAAAUGAGCGAAAACACAGAGACCCAGAAGCGUGCUGGUGAGACAGAAAGCAAGGACGACGUUGUUGAGUCGAAGAAGCCAAAGAUCGAAUCUUGCGAAAGGUAUUCCGUUGACAAUGGCACAAAGGAACCAUCUUUCCUCGUUGAAGCGGAUGCCGCAGAAGAUAAGGGGUCCAGGCACACCAUGGAAGAUGCAUCUGUCGUGCUUCUCGACGCAAGCUUAGAUUACCCUGGAAAAUUGAGAUGUGCACACUUUGCAAUUUAUGAUGGACAUGGUGGGCGGUUAGCUGCAGAAUACGCCCAAAAGCAUUUGCAUCAAAAUGUUCUUUCAGCAGGAUUACCACGUGAGUUGUUGGAUGUGAAGACAGCUAAACGAUCUAUUCUGAAUGGUUUCCAUAAAACUGAUGAGUCUCUUCUUCAAGAAAGUGCUGAAGGGGGAUGGCAGGAUGGUGCUACAGCUGUAUGUGUUUGGGUAUUGGGAUCAAAAGUUUUUGUUGCAAAUAUAGGAGAUGCUAAAGCAGUAUUAGCUCGGUCAACUGAUGGAUCCCGAAAUCACUCAGAUGGUGUGCAGGUGCUGAAGGCCAUUGUUUUGACUAGAGAACACAAACCUAUCUUCCCACUGGAGCGUGCACGCAUUCAGAAGUCAGGUGGUUUUGUGAGCCAAGAUGGACGGUUGCAAGGGCGUCUAGAAGUUUCUAGGGCAUUUGGAGAUCGCCAGUUCAAAAAGGUGGGUGUUGUUGCUACCCCAGAUCUAUAUUCAUUUGACCUUUCUGAUAGAGAGCAUUUCAUCAUUCUUGGCUGUGAUGGCUUGUGGGGGGUGUUUGGUCCCAGUGAUGCUGUUGAUUUUGUUCAGAAGUUAUUGAAUGAGGGGCUACCUGUUACCACUGUGAGCCGCCGUCUUGUAAAGGAAGCGGUUCGUGAGCGUCGCUGUAAAGAUAACUGUACUGCCAUUGUCAUUGUAUUCAAGCACAAGUGAUCCCUUAGGCACCAUCUCCAUGUGUCACAUACCAGCUGGGGUAUCAAUAGAAAUGCAAUGUUUCCAGAUGCUGCUUUCAAAAUGUACAAUAUGUGAAUGUGAAUUAUUUCUCACUAUAAACAACUGGUGGUGUCACUAUACGCACACCUAGUUUUUUACACUUACGAAACCGAUUUUUUUUUUAUUGUAAUACAUGUUGAAAGGUAGUGGAGGUCAAUUUGUUUUACGACAUCUAACUUUUAUUUCAGUCCAUUAGUUAUUACAGCUGCAGCUAUGCUACCCCUCAUGUUCAUUGGACCUACUUUACAUGUUGUGGGGGUAAUGCAAGUAAGCAAAGACCUUAGAGCAUCUACAAUGGGAGUUGCUAUUUUAAAUGGGUCCUAUUGUACCACAUCACUUAUAAGCAACUCAUAUUAUAUUUUUACAAUUUUUA